GUGUUUCGAAGGGCGGAAGUUGUUGUGAACGCGGAAGUCCACACACAGACCGUCGCUGGUGGACGGAAACGAUCCGUCUCAGGGUUUUAAACACCGAGUUCUGGUCCCAGCUCUGUAUGUAGACCUCGGCGGGCUUCGGUCCACAGAUCCACCGGUGUUCCAGGUUGAGCGGUUCACGAUGGCGGAACACACGGAUGUCAGCCUGCAGCCGGAGGAGCGAGUCCGCGUGCUGACCAAGAAGGGAAGCUCGGUGGAGGUCAACGACGACGUCCCGCUGCGCCGCUACUUCCGCUCGGGCAUGGAGAUGAUCCGCAUGGCGCACAUCUACACGGAGGAGGGCAACAUCGAGCACGCCUUCGUCCUCUACAACAGAUAUAUCACGCUCUUUAUAGAAAAACUUCCCAAGCAUCGCGACUACAAGACGACGAACGUUCCCGAAAAGAAGGACACACUAAAGAAACUGAAGGACAUAGCGUUUCCUCAAGCGGAGGUUCUGAAAAAAGGUCUUCUGAGGAGAUUCGAACAAGAAUAUGCACAGUAUCUUUCCAGAAAGAAAGUGCAGGAUGAGGCGGCGGCGCAGGAGCAGUCCAGGCAGCGGGCGCUGGACGCCGAGCGUGAGCGCGUGGCCGAGAUGCAGCGGCGGCAGCGCGAGCAGGAGCAGUUCAGCGCCUUCGAGGAGAUGAUCCGCCGCCAGGAGCUGGAGAAGGAGCGCCAGCGCGUGCUCCUGGAGUUUGCCACGCCCGUCGCGCCCUUUCCCGAAACGCCCCUCCUCCCGGGCAUCCGGGGCCCCUCGCCGGUCUCCCCCACGGCCCCCCCACCACUCACCCUGGGGGACCCGUCCGUUGGCACCAACCACCAGUACAACCCCCCUCCUGCCGCCAGCCUGCCCAGCUUCGACCGCUCGCUCAAGCCCGGCUCUCUGGUGAGCCCGGGGAACAAUAAUACGAUGGUGGACGCACUGCGGCAGCUGGCGGUGCCCGGCGAGCUGUGCCGGAGCUUCCUGAGGCUGGCUGAGGCCAACACGAGCCGCGCCGUGGAGACCUGCGGCAUCCUGUGUGGCAAACUGACCAGAAAUGCAUUCACGGUGACCCACGUUAUCGUGCCGAAGCAGUCCGGCGGACCCGACUACUGUGACACGGAAAACGAGGAGGAGCUCUUCCUCAUACAGGACCAGUACGAUCUCAUCACCCUCGGCUGGAUUCACACUCACCCGACACAGACGGCCUUCCUGUCCAGCGUCGACCUCCACACACACUGCUCCUACCAGAUGAUGAUGCCCGAGGCCAUCGCCAUCGUCUGCUCGCCCAAGUUCAACGAAAUCGGCUACUUCCGGUUGACGGACCGAGGCACCGAGGAGAUCUCCACAUGUAAACAGAAAGGCUUUCACCCUCACAGCAAAGACCCGCCUCUAUUUACACACGCGGGACAUGUCACCAUCACCAACGACACCGUGUCCAUGAUGGAUCUGCGGUGAUUUCUUCUUCUUUUUUUUAAAAAACACCAGAAGACUCAUAGACUGUUUUAUCAAACUGGAGAAAAACACUUUUCACAAUUUUAUUUUCAGGACGGUACGGAGCAAAUGCCGCCCCACGAGUUUACCAUUUACAUGGACUUCAGUUGUUCUCAAAGGGAACAACAUUGUGAACUUUUUCUUUUUUCUUGCUGUGUCAUUAAAACAAACCUACAUAUUGCAGCACUUUUUACGACAGUACUCUCUCCACUUUGUACUGGCAAACCUCCGGCUCUUCAACCCCUUUGUGUUUGUGAAUAUGUGCUACAGUUCGGCUUUUGUUUUGUUUUUGUUUUAAUAAAAAUUUAUGUUUGUCAGUAACAGGUUAGGGUCCGGUUGCCCAGGCGUUAUUGUUUUUUGUUUCAUUGUUGUCAAAGUUUGCUCAUGCCCGACAGAUAAAGUGCCACGGAUGAGAACGUUCACUGGUUGUCGAGUUGUUCAUUGGGCAACAUGGAAGUUCCCUGUAAAGUGAGUCAUCACGUCUUUUGUUCUUUUUAUAGACUGUAUAUUAUAUAUACAUAAAGAUGUACUUCCUGACAAAAAAUUAAAACAAAAUAUUCCGGAAAAAUCAAGGUCCCACCGAUAAAUACGUUUGACCAAUCACAGGUCAGUCUGUGCUUUGACUUUUCAGUUUGGACCAUGUCCCUUCUGCGGGAUACUCAACGUCACUUUAUGUGCUAAAGCAGUGAACAAAAUCACCAAAUUUCUCUCAGAUAUGCUUCGUCUUAAACACAUACACCCUGCUUUAGCCCAUUCAGUGACGCUAAGCAUUUUUGAACGUCCCCCAUCUGCUAACAUUUGUGACAUUACCAUACCACAGCCAGCCACCAGGGGGCUACCCAGAUGUUUUGGCUUCACUUUUUUUUUUCCGAGGCCGUAACAUCGUCCCAUCUUUAUAUUCAGUCUACAGUUCUUUGGACUUGGUUGCGUUUCCCCCUCGUUAAGCUGUUAAAGUGCGACAAGCAACGAGAAGAGAAAUGGAAAGCCAGUUGAAACUCAGGUAUGCCGGCUGUGUCACUGUUGCUGCACUGUAUUAUAUUAUUUUAUAUAUACUGUAUACAUACACAACAACACCAUCACUACACAGUAUCCCUCAUCUAGAAAAUGGUUUUGUUUGAAGUUCAGUGCCUGUUUAUGGUAGAUCCACCUGACCUAGGUGAUUUUUGAUUCUCGUUCUUUGUGAUUUUCUUUUUUUAUUUUGAAGUAUAACUUGUCCCUGCUUUACAGGAAUGUGUGUGAAAUCUGAAUGUAUGUUCUGCUACACAUUAUUAUUACACUUUACUAACCGCCUGGCCAAGGUUCAUGCCUCAUAUCUGUUUUUUCCCUAUUGUCAGAAGAAGUCAGUGAUUAACCAUCAUUUUGAGAAAACCCUUAAUUUAAUGCCAAGACUAAAUAAAUUUACUGUGGAUAAAUUUGA